AAUCAGCGAGAGACAAGCAGUGGGAGCGCCGCGAUAUCUUUGCGAUAACGCGGUGAGCGUUGGCUGUUAACAAACUGCGACGUCAACGCAGCUCAAUCAGUUAGCGGGCAAACGGCAAGAGUUGAGAACGGAGAGCUGGUUGCCGGAGCGACGAAAGCCGAGAGCUGAGAGCCGAGCGCUGAGAGCUGCGACAUUGGGGUUCGAUUAACGCCAACGUGGUGAACAGAACCGAACUGAAGACGAGCCAGCAGUGCUGCAAAAAGUUCAUAAAAAUCAGGUGUGCAACUGCGAUAUGCUGGCCAAAAGUGAAUAGCAGCGAUGGCUCAGCAUACGUAUGUGGGCCAAGGUCAGCAGGGGGCACUUGGUCCUUUGGCCAGCUCGAUCAUGCUCCUGAUGAGUCUCGUUAUGGCACUGCUCGGCAUCAAAAUCUGGGGCUUUAGGCGGCGUCUUACAUUCGAUAGCGGAGGCGGGCGAUCGACAACGCGCGCAACUCAACAGCAGCCGCAAACUGCGCCACGUUAUGCCGCCUACGAAUCGCAGGUAAAUGGUACCGACAACGCUGUACACGGAGUAUUUCGGCAACGGAAUACCGAAGAAUUCGAAAGUGCCAGACCAACAAAUUCAACAGCUAACAAAUACCUCGCAGGUAGUGUACCUAAUCUGCAGAUGGCCACAUUAACGCCGUAUGAAUACAAAGAGGAGACAAGCAUACCGGAACUGACUGGCACAGUUCCGCGUCGUCCAGAGCCUGAAGCAGCGCGACGCAGACGCCGUGAAGUGCAUAGCGCCAGCUAUGACUACUAUUCAACGCCGCCUACACGUCAACCUCCGGCUCCGCCCAUCGCAGUGGAAGCAGCUCAGCCUCCCUCUCAGCUGGAUAUACCCAAUUUCGACCAUUUCGCCGAGAAAUAUAAUUUAAUUAGCGUUAAGACAGGCAGCGAGGAAGAUAAGGAAUUACAAAUAACCAGCAAGGAGCGAGGACGAUAUAUUAAAUAUGAGCAGGUCGAUGAUGUGCCAGAGCUCUUAACGCCUGAUGAUGAUCAAGUUGGAGCUGCUAUUUCUGUGGCUGCUCAAGUGCAUCACUCCCCGGCUGGAGUGCAGGCAAACUCGCUACUAGAACCGGAACCUGAACCAAAACCCGAACCGGAGCCAAAGACAGAGCUACAGCUAAAAACAGAGUCUACUCUGGAGGAGCCGAAACUAAUACGAGAUGGCCGUAUCCUUGAGUUGGAACACACGGAGUCAGCGUUCGUGGUGGAAAUAAUCGCUGGCACACCCGACUCAACUGAUCAAACGGAGCCAGUUAUAGCCCGCAACUUGUUUUCUGAUUUGGAACUGCCACACCAUGGGGAUGAUGUUGAAUUUGAGCGCAUUCGCUCAUCCUACGAAAUGAACGAAGCUGACAUCUUGGACAUGCAAGCAGACUUUACUGGACUGCAAACUGAGCUUCCAGCGCCAGCUAGUCCACCUGGCUUUGGAAAGAGCAUCGAUGAUGACUGGGAAAACUUUGAAAAUUUAGAAAGUGUAGCAAAUGCAGCUCAACGUAAUUGGUCGGCACUUGAGCUGCCCCAAACAGAACGAGGCGAGACGACUCCCGAGUUGGAAAAUGUGGUGCAGCAAGACUCACUGUUUCGAGACCUGGAGCUUAUGGGGCCUACUAAUGAGGAAAGAUCACAUCGAUCAGCUGACGCUUUAGAGCCACCUCCAUAUCAUAUGAGGCCAUCUGUUCCACCUAUCCUGCCUGACUACGAGUCACUGAUGCGGCUCGAGGUAUCGCGGACAAAUCGAACGUUGCCUAACUAUGAGGAUGUGGUAGCCCACGGCAAGGGGAGUAGUCCAAAAUAUGUGAGCAGUAUAGAGGAUAUGUUCGUAGAAUUGCAAGGGAAUGGCGAUGAGCCUCGAGCAAGCUCCACUUCACUCGCUACAGAGGUGCAUGAUUUCGAUGCGCUUUGCGAGGAGCUGGACAUUGCGCCAUCACCAGUGCCAGCACGUCGGCCACCUCAGCCAGCGCCGCGAGUCACCAAGUCGGCAACGCUUAGUGUACGGGGUGAUGCAUCACCAUUGACUUGUUACAAGCCCGAGGAAUUGCCGAGCUCCAGUUCGAGCGAGGCGGAAGUGGAGGAAAUUGCUGCCCCACCACCACAGGCAGCUAAGCGUGAGGCACGCGCUCUGAGGGUGCGAUUCGAUGUGGAAAACUUACAAUACUAUCAAUCUGCAGAGGUGCCUAGCUCAAAUGAGUCCGAUGUUGAGUUUGACUCUGCCGAGGAGCAGAACGAAAGCGAACAGCUGCCACCGAGGGCAACUCAACGCUUAAUCACAGUGCUACCUGAGGAGCUUUCACCAAGUGCUGAUCGGGACAUACCCAAACUGUUCAGCACUCAGAUCUCGCAGGAGGACAGCGAUGAUGAAUUAUUCGGACGCGCUAUACGUCAACAUCGCUCCAUGACAGAGGCAUUGCGGCCAGUCGCUGGAUUGGAUCACACGACGCGGAGUGACCGAAUUACAGAGGCUUAGAUUCCCAUAACAAAAAUGCUGCUCUCAAAUUCCUUAGCGAAGACAGUAUUUUACAUGUAAAUAAGUCUGUGGACACACACACAC